UCUGCAAUGGAGGAGGAGAUGCUCCAGCCCGAGGAUGAAGAGGUGCGCUCGGGGUUCGUUCCCAAACUGUGCAAACAGAGGAGUCCAUACAGCGCCCUGAAGCCAUUCCCCGGCAGGAAGGUGGUGGUCAGGAGGUACGAGAGACCCACUAUGGUGCAGAUGCCACAGCUGAGCAUUGGGGCAGCGGCUCAGCACCAUCACCAGCAUCACCAUCAGCCGCCGGUCACCCUCAACGCUGAGCAGCAGCAGCAGCAGCACCCGCACCACCCGCACCCGCACCCCCCGCACCCGCACGCGUACCCCCCGCAGCCGCCAUACCCUCAGCACGGCAUCUCCAGCAGGGCAGCGGCGCCCGGCACCGCGGCGGCGGCCACAGCCGCACUGUCCCAGCGAGAGGACAGCAACAACAACAACAACAACAGCAUCGACAGCAUCAACCUGAGUGCAGAGAGCCGUUUAAUACUUGAUGCCUUUGCACAGCAAUGUAGUCGAGUCCUGACUCUCCUGAAGGACAAUGGGAAACUACUGGAUACCAGCCAGCCUCAAGUCAUGUCCUGUGUGAAAAAAGAGGGUGGAUGCUACGAUGAGUGCACAGGGCACUGCCAGCUAGCCAAAGUUAUCCCAAACGAGUCAUGGACAUCAAACAACCUGGAGAUGGAAUCACGUUACGCACAAAAAAGACACCAAACAUCAGCCUUGCUCCGUGUGUUUACUGAUUCCCUACAAAGUUACCUAUUGGCUGGAGGACGGCCUUCACAGAGUACUGUAGGAAUGAGCGAAUAUGGCCUUGUGACAGAAAUGGAUCCACAUUCCACCUCUCCUACCCAUACAUUAGGUGGAUGGACCUCCCCAGCAACAUCUGAAUCACAUGGCCAUCCAUCAUCCACACUUCCAGAGGAGGAAGAGGAAGAUGGUUAUUGUCAGAGGUGCCAGGAAUUGGAACAGGAAGUAAUUUCACUCCAACAAGAAAAUGAGGAAUUAAGGAGAACACUGGAUAUCGUUCCAGUGCCCUGCCAGACUGUUCUUGAUUAUUACAAGACUGUACUCCAGCAUCACAACCAACUUGUUCAACCAGUCCCAGAUGAGCAGCCAACAGAGGGAAAUAAACAGUUGUUGAACAACUAUCCAGUCUAUAUCACUAGUAAACAGUGGGACGAGGCUGUGAAUUCCUCUAAAAAGGACGGUCGCCGGCUUCUCCGUUAUCUCAUCAGAUUUGUGUUUACAACAGAUGAACUGAAGUAUUCAUGUGGACUGGGGAAAAGGAAACGAUCCGUACCACUAGGGGAACAAGGCCCAGAGCGGCGGCCCCUUGAUCCUGUCAAAGUGACGUGUCUCCGAGAGUUCAUUCGAAUGCACUGCACCUCCAAUCCAGACUGGUGGAUGCCUUCAGAAGAGCAAAUUAACAAAGUGUUCAGUGAUGCUGUUGGACAUGCUCGCCAAGGACGAGCUGUGGCAACUUUCUUCAGCACCAGCAGUGGUUCAUAUUAUGAAGGCUUUGACCAUCAGAUGUCCCAGGAUGAAAUGUUUAACAAGGGAUCUCACGAAGGAUCUGCAGACUGAAUGGACAACAGUUCCACUGCUCCAGAACUGCCACUUUGUUGUAGAAAAUGAAUGUAUAUUAAUCUAUGGGUGUAUUGGUGUUGACACCAACUAGAUAUGAUACAAAUUGAUUUUAAAUUAGAAUGUUUAGCUGAAAUAACAUUUCCUACAGAAGAUAUACCAAACGUGACCUCAGAGGUUAACCUGGUGUGACUGUGAUUAAUUUGGUUAAUAUCCAUUUUUCUAGACACCCCAAUUGCUAUCCCCAGCCUUGGGAUUGAGGAAUUUCACUCAAUCUGCCCAAUUUUAAACAAUGCAAUUAAAUAUUACAUUGACAACAUCCAGCCAAAGUAUGCCAGAAAUGGCCGUUGAACUAAAAUUCCAAAUUUUCAUAAAGUAUUAUUGUGCAGAAUUUAUUACAACAGCUGCAUACAAAUUUGUUAUAUUCUGAAAGCUAAAAUGACCAAAGUAUUGAGAAUAUGACCAUAUGGGUAUUUGAGCAUCAACCAACUUGCAUAUAAACUGAAACAUUUUAUGGAGCUCUUAUAGCUGUUCAGUUGAAUUGAUUUAUCGAACAAGGCUUCAAAAUUGGAAUUGGCUUUAUAGUUGUGAUGGUGUUUUACACCACUUGCAGUAAUAUAAUUUGAAUUUGGCCAGCUUUUGUAGUGCAUAAAAAUACAUAUUUUCUCCAGACAUUUAAUACUUUCUGAUUGCAAUAUUAAUUGGUGCCUGGUAACAGUUCAGAAAUGGAGCCCUCCUUUUGUGGAAUUGAGAAGAAAUAUGAUGUUUCAAUUGAUACCAAUGACAGAAAACAAAUUGCGGGCAGAAAACAAGCAUUGACUUAGAAUUCCUUUGAAAAUGCUCCCAUGCCCGCCCGGAAUCUCAGAUGCAGACCAUGGUUAUAUUGCACUUUGAUUGAAUACCUUCUGUCCACAUAUACAAGUGCAUUCAAGGUGAAUGUUGUGGUGUGUGUGUAGUACCUGUAUUAAAAGUACUUUUAUCAAGCAAAAUAAAUUUUAAAAGGCAAACAAUGAUUAUUUUAUCCCAUAGGAGGUAUUUCUCAUCUAAACUGACACCUGUGACGACAAAAUGACAAAGCAUUUCCCAUUGUCAACAAUGUGAUUGGUUUCUCUAAACCAUUGUUAAUCUUUUUUAAAAUCAAAAACAAUUCAGUGAACACUAAAUCAGAAAGGGUAGCCAUCCACGCAAAGCUUCAAAACAGAUGAUCAAUGAUGGAGAGGUUAUGCUACCUGACAAAAAUAACUUGAAGAGAGUGGAAAAAAUACUUAAGUGCAAAGGAAGAGCAGAUGCAGAAGGCAUUUCUCACAGAUCAAAUACACACUUCAGAACAGAAAAAUGUACCCCCACCACUAGAAUAUAGUGUAUCUAAAAGUGGUUCCUGCCUGACAUCAUGCAUUGGUCCCUAUAUUUUAAUACCUUAAUUGGUAAACAGUACUUUUAUUUUAAAAUGCAAGAGGGCAAUA